AUGCGGGGCCUGGAGGGGCUGGGCCGCCUCCGACCCCAUGGCGCCCUGGGGCAGCGGCUGGGCAGCCUCGCCGUCUUCACCCGAGACGACUUCGAGGGCAUCUGGCGGCUCAUGCUGGCUUUGGGGUACAGUCAGGUUUUUCUAGGGUUUGUCCACAUCACUCAGACUUUGAAUGCCCCGCCUCCCCACAGCUGCCAUGUGGAGCUUCUCAUUGAAGAAGCAGCCAAAAUGGAGAAGAUCAAAUUUCCGCACUCCUGUCCAUCUGUGGGGUGCGGGGAGCCCCUGGGCAUGGUGAUGGAGUUCAUGGCCAGCGGCUCCCUGGAGAAGAUGGUGCCCACACACAGCCUCUCCCAGCAGCUCAAGUUCCACAUUGCCCCGGAGACCAGCCUGACCCUGAACCUUCUCCAUAGCAUCAAGCCACCCCCUCUCUUCCGGGACCUCAAGCCAGGCAACCUCCUCCUGGAUAGCAAUAUGCAAGGUAAAGGCCCGAUUUCGGACUUUGGCCUGUCCAAGUGGAUGGAACAGUCCAUCCAGAUGCAGUACAUGGAGAGGUCAGCGCUGUGGGGCACCGUCAGCUACAGACCCCCUGAGAUGUCCUUGGAAGGUAACAAGGCCCUAGGACCCAAGUACGAUGUGUACAGCUUUGGAAUCGUCAUCUGGGAACUCCUCACUCAGAAGAAACCGUAUUCAGGCAGGAGAUGCCUGCUGCUCUGGCCCUGGCACCCUGCACGCGCACAGCCUGCGCCUCCCCUUCAGCAUGGUGACCGUUGUCAUCCCUCCCUGCGGCCUGUCUCAGACGAGUGGCCAGGUGAGGCCCAGAAGAUAGUAAAUGAGGAGAUGCUGUGGGAUUGGGACCCCAAGAAGAGGCUCUGCUUCCCAGACAUCACGGUCGAGACAGACAUGCUGCUGUCCCUGUUCCAGGGUCCUAUGGCAGACCCCGAGAGCGAGGCUCUGGCCAGGACAGUGCCCUGCCAGCUUCUCCCCCAGCCUGGGGAGGUCAGUGUUGAGGCCAGCCAAGAGCUAACAGACAAGGACUCCGGAGACUACUUGAAGCACGUCCUGGACGAGGAGCUGCAUGGCUGUGAGAACAAAGUCACUCCCCUCACUUUCUGGUGGUGCAGGGCACAGGUGAGGCUGCUGCUAGCUCACGAGGUCCACGUGGACGGCCAGAGCUCCUGCGGCUACACGCCCCUCCUCAUCGCCGCGCAGGACCAGCAGCCCGACCUCUGCGCCCUGCUCCUGCAGCACGGGGCGGACGCCAAACUGGCAGAGGACAGCUGGGCCCCGCUGCCCUUUGUAGCCCAGAGCGGUUGUGACAGCCCCGCUCCCCCACCCCCUGGACCACAGGGACCAUGUGGGUGCCCAGGAGCACGAGGGUGGACCCCGCCCCACCUGGCCACACAGAGCACCUCUGAGAAUGUGGCACGGCUUCUGGCCUCCCGUCAAGCUGACCCCAACCUGCGUGAGGCCGAGGGCAGGACCCCUCUGCACGUGGCUGCUUACUUUGGCCACGCCAGCCUGGUCAAGCUGCCGACAGGCCAGGGGGCCGAGUUGGACCAGCAGAGAAACCUGAGCACGCCCCUGCCCCUGGCGGUGGAGCGAGGCGAAGUGAGGGCCAUCGGGCACCUGCUGAGAAGUGGGGCAGCUCCUGAUGCCCUCGACCGGAAGACAGCGGCCACCAGGGGUAAGUGCCUGGCCUGGGAGGUGCUGCUCAGGGACGGGGCCGGCUUCGAGCUACUGAGCCGGCAGGGCUGGAACCCCCUGCACCUCGCGGCCUACAAGGGCCCCUUGGAGGUUGUCCACCUGCUGGCAGAGAGCCAGGCGAACGUGGGAGCUCCCAGAGGCAUGAAGGGGACAUCUCUGCACCUAGCUGCCCGCCACGGGGAGGAGCUGGUGGCAUUGGCGCUGCUGUGCUGUGACGCUGACCCCAGUGCGGCCACCGGGGGCUGGACACCCCUCCACCUGGUCGUCCAGAGGGGCGUCUUCUUGAGCAUCCUCAGCCUCCUGGAGCACCAUGCAGAAGCCCAUGCCCACAGCAAGGUGGUGACGCCCGCCCACCUGAAAGCCCUCAAGGGCACUUGGCCAUCCCCAAAGGGCUGCUUCGCUGGUGCCCAGCUGGGCAUCCGGGACGGGGCGGGCUGUGCACCCCCACAGCUGGCCCUCCGGAGCCAAAAGCAGAGCACAAUCGCCCUCCUGGAGGGCAAGGAGCCCUCCUCACUAGCCCUUCUGGGUGAUGGUGAGCCAGGAGCCCAGACAGAAAGUCUCAGGAAGGAGUCAGGGGCCACAGCAUGGGCUCAGAGCUGCCAGGCCUCCAACCAGAAGGAAAAGGCCUCUCCAGAUGCCUUCUCCAUCGGGCUUCUCCCCAGCAGCGCUCACCCUGCUGCCUUUGCCAGGUCGCAGAGCUCGGAUGGCACAGAGGGACCAGCCUCUUGCCCUCACCAAUUCCAGACCAAGGCGUGCCACGUCAUUGUCGUCACCUACAUGACCAGUGUUCCCACCUCCAGCCAGGGCUCUGCUGUGGAGAAUGUGCGGUUUGUGCGGCUGUAG